UGCCAAACGUUUUGAUUGUGUUACUUUUGAAACUCAACUGAAAACAUUAGUUUGGCCGUUCAUUUAUGAACAAAAACAUUCUCCAGUCAAGCGUUACAAAAGUUUCUUUUAAAAAAUUAUACCACAAUUUGAAACCGUAAGUGAUAUACGCUUAAUAUAUGUGUAGUGCUCAUUUAUGAACACACAUAUUUUCCCGUCAUGUGUUAACAAAACUUCUAUUAAAAAUAUACCAGAAUUUGAAACCAUGAAUCGAGUAUUUUUACAAUUUCUCAAAGCUGUCAUAUUUAUAAUCCUAGCUUUCAUGGUGAUUCACGGCACGUAUUUAAAAGAUGUUCAGAAGUCAAAUAUAGCUGUACGGUCAGUCCAGGAAUCAAACUGCCCGUGUGAAAAAUCCGCCACAGUCGCCCACAACUCAGUAGUGAACUAUAGUCUAAAUGUGAAUAAAACUAACAAAGUUCAGAUAGAAAAAGUAUCCAACAAGCUGACGACUACGAGUGAACGAAACCAAAGACCGCCGCUUCCUCCAUAUACAACUUUUACCAACUUUCUAGUCAAAGAAAAUUUUUUAACUCAUUCUGAAAAUGAAAUACGCUCCGGGUUUGGUCUCGCGCCCAUAAAAACAGAAACCGGUCACGAUAUUUGGACAGAAAAUGGCGUCCAGUAUCGGAAAUUCCCAUUUCUAGAACCAGCCAACAACACAUUAUUUAAAUCGGAAUUUGAAGCCUAUAUUCCAUUUAAUGCAAGCUUUUUCUUCGAGGGAAAUAAGCAGAAACUAAAGCAGAAUAUCCCGAAAAAGAAGAUCAUUCUCUGGUGGCAAACAAAAAGAAAACAGCCUCUGCUGUCUGGGUUACAUAAAAUGAGAGGCUGUCCAGAUUUGCCGUGUGUUAUAACAACAGACAGGAAUUAUACAGAGGACAGCAGUGUUAUGAUAGUAAAUGUCCAGUUCGUGGACAAAGAGAAGCCCCCAAAACGACGACCUGAUCAAGUCCUGGUGUUUUAUCAAGUCGAGUCCUCCAACAUCCACACCUUCUGGCACCACGGGGACAUCAUAUCCAAAGACCAGUCCUGGAACUCGGCGUUUAACUGGACCAUGUCCUUCAGGACCGACUCCGAUGUCCCCGUCUCCUACGGGCUAGUCAGAAAACGCCUGACGGAAAUCGUGAAAGAUUACAAAGCUAUUUUAGGCAACAAAACUGGGAUUGUGGCGUGGAUGUCGUCAAACUGUAAGGCAGAUUCUAGAAGAGAUCUGUAUGUUAAGGAGCUUCAGAAGUACGUCGCUGUCGACGUCUUUGGCACGUGCGGUGGGAAAUACUGUCCGCGAUCACGUGACACAAAGUGUCUGGAGGACAUUACAACCAAGUACAAAUUCUACCUCGGGUUCGAGAGUUCUCUGUGUAGAGAUUACGUAACGGAGAAACUGUUCCGGUUCCUCAACACGGACAUGAUUGUUAUCGCCCGAGGAGGGGAGGGCUACGCUCAAGUUUUACCCUCGGAAAUUUAUUUAAACACGAAUAAUUUUAAAUCGCCAAAAGAACUUGCGGAGAGAAUUAUGUAUUUAAACUCACACGACGAAGAGUAUAUCAACAUGUUGAAAGAAAAGGACAAGUAUUUUGUUCUAUUUGAAGACUAUCCUCUGAUAUACAAACAAAGGCUGGAUUACCUGGAGUAUCGGUACGAAGCUGUGUCUAUAUGCCAGCUGUGUCAACGUGUCUGGAACAUUGACAAGUACGCCAAGACAAUUCCCGACAUGAAGGCGUGGUUCAGGGAUAAGAAGUACGAAUGUCAAAAACCGAAGGAUGUUUUCAUUUAAUUUUUUUUUUUAAAAGACACAACUUUGAUUAAAUUAUAAAGCAAUAAACUCAGAAUUUUU